CAUUGAAUUUCAUGGCUUCACAACUGUGACGCUAGAGUCUCUCCUUUCGUUUUAUACUUCCAUGUGAGUGACAUUAUGUUCCAUGUUCUCGAAUCGAUUAGAUGGUGCUUUAUCGCUAUGUUCUAUUUGAGCAUAAUUAAGAAUUAUUUUCUUUCCGUGUAGUGUUGUACACAUUCCGCACCAUACGAAUCUACAGCCUUUAACACUUAUGUCCAUCAGUUAUAAGCAAAUGAUCAAAUUGUUCGGAAAUUACGAGCGAUCAGUUUGUGAAUUGCUUGCCCAUGUGCGAUCUACGUACGACUCACGUGAACUUUGUGUCUGGUUGAUAUCUGUUCGUUAUCUAGGCAGAAGGUGAUGGUAUGAAAAUGAAAACUUUAAUUUGAGGAAAAAAGUUUAUGUUCUUUUUCUUCGUCUCCGCCAGUUUCCCUAAAAACACUUAGUAUAGACCGUAAAUUUGAAGCUGGUGAAAGAUUCAUGCAACAUUUUAUUUGCGUGCUGUCCAUUUUAUUUGCUCCUUGACAAUUUUAUCUUUGAUAUUUCAUGUUUACGUCUUUUGUUAGUUCAAAGAUAUCGAGCAGUUGGGAACUGACCCUCUGUGGGGUCAGGAGGGCUGUGUGGGACAGGUUGUGAAAUAAAUAACAAUAAUCAUUUGUUUAGUUUUUGAGAGUUCUUAAUUCAGGCGAGAAUAUUCGAAAAAUUGUUUUGAUUACGUGCACAGUACUAAAAACACAGCAGCAAUGGAGACAGCGCCAUCGAAAGUAAGUUGUGCAACAUCCCCGUGGGGCAAGUUGAGUCAACCAGCUGAAACGGUUUCUUUUGCGGAUAUUAUGUCUGAACAGUUAGCGAGGGAUUUACAACUGAAAGAAGAGGAAACCAUCUAUAACGAUACAUCAUCUCAACCUACAUCUGCAACGCCAGAACUGAUCGCAAAUUCUCCUGAUUGUGAUAGUGAUCGCGUGAUUGCGCAAAUGUUACAAGUACAGUUCGAUGAAGAAUAUGACAAAAUGUUAAGAAGAACGGAAAACAAGUUCAAUGGUACGUCAAAAGUGUCAGUGUCCUUUUCAAAUUAUAGAAUAAUACCUGAUAAUCUUGCCCAAGAUAGUGACUCGGAUGAUUAUGACAUCGAUGAUAAACACAGGGUAUGGGACAGUUUUGUGAAAUCAGACAAAGCCUUUAAAGAAAUGCCUAAGUGCGGCUAUAAGAAACAAGGCACGGAAAUGGUUACAAAGCACGACAUAGAAAUGUCAAGUCGAAGAAAUGCGUCCCGAGUAAUGGACUUCCCACCAGAAUUUCACACUGGUGACGGCGGAGGGUUUGAUAUGCAACUUUCAAACAAGGUAUUUAACAGUUUAAAAGUCUACUCACGUAAUGAACAGGCAAGAAGGAAUAGACUCACCGAUAAGUGUGACCAGGCAACGGCAGAGUUGGGUGUGGACCCGAAAACACGUUUACUUUUGUACAAGUUAGUGAAUCAGGAAAUUUUGGAGAGAGUGAAUGGGACUUUGAGCACGGGGAAGGAAGCUGUGGUUUUGCAUGCCGAUGGAGGAUCAAACACUGAGUGUGUGGCUCCGAAGGAGUGUGCCGUUAAAGUAUUUAAAACCACUUUGAGUGAGUUCAAAACUCGUGACAAGUACAUACAGGAUGACUUCCGUUUCAAAGAUCGCUUUUCAAAACAGAAUCCCCGGAAAAUUAUCCACUUGUGGGCAGAGAAAGAAAUGCACAACUUAAUUCGCAUGCAGAAGGCAGGUAUUUUGUGUCCAGAAGUUGUAAUUUUGAAGAAGCACAUUUUAGUGAUGUCGUUCAUCGGAGAAAAUCAUAUGCCAGCACCGAAAUUGAAAGAAGCAAAUUUAAAGUGUGCCGAGUUGAGUCUUGCAUACGAGGAUUGUUUAUUGACUAUGAAAAAGUUGUAUAAUGAUGCUCAUCUUGUACAUGCUGAUCUUUCAGAGUACAAUAUCCUGUGGCGUCAAGGGAAGUGUUGGUUUAUUGACGUCAGCCAGGCUGUGGAAAGAAAUCAUCCUCGGGCAUUAGAAUUUCUCUUCAGGGACUGUACCAAUAUAUCAAAUUUUUUUACUAAGAAGGGACUGUCUGAUGUCGCUUCCCCGGAAGAAAUAUUCAAGGAAGUUUGUGGAACAGCUGUCUCAGAAGAUGGACCAAUGUCAAUGGAUAAAGCCCAAGAUUUUGAGAGAAAUGAGGAGUUAUUAACUUUUGAUCAGGCGGAGAAAGUGUAUUCAUUUGAUUAUUGUUGGGAAAAAUCAAAGACAUAGGAAAUGUGAGGUAACUGGGCAGAAGUGCAAUAUUUAUGGAGCUGUUUUUUAAGAUGUCUGUGGGAAUAUAUGCCAUUGGUCAAAACUGUAUCUAAAAAGCAGAAUUCCACAUUAUGCAUUUUGUAACUUUUCAGUUUAUGGAAAGACUCAUGGAAGAACAUGCACUAAUUAUGACCAUUUCUAUUUUUUCCUACAUUUAUAUUUCUGUUAAGAAUAUCAGGGAACUUUUAAUUUUUCUGUUAAUUACAUCCUACUCAAUUCUUUAUGCGAAACGCAUUUGCUUGAUCAUUUCAAGUUCCUUAAAUGUUCUAUCUCACAAAAGACUUGGAAAAAGAUGUUGUGUGUACAAAUGUGUAAGAACUUGUAAAAUAAAUAAAAAGUAUUAUUUCUUUUU